AAAACAAACACUUCAUCAGCUGGAGAUAUGGCAACCAAUGGAGUUCAUCAACUUGAAAUCACUGAGCUCAGAUUAGGGCUUCCGGGGACUGCCCAUACCCCAACUUUAAAAAAUGAGAACAAAAGGGUUUGUAGUACCGACGACGACGACGGUGACCGGAGAUGCUCGAAGAGAAUCCGAGUUGUCGGGUGGCCCCCGGUUUGCUCUCACCGAAGAAGGAGUAAUGGUAACGAUAGAGAUCUAUCUGAAACUUCGAAGAUGUAUGUCAAAGUAAGCAUGGAUGGCGCGCCUUAUCUUAGAAAGGUUGAUCUUAGAAUUCUUAAAGGAUAUUCCGAUCUCGGGGUGGCAAUGGAGAAUCUAUUCGACCGUGCAAUCGGAUGCUCUGACUAUGUUUCGAUUUAUGAAGAUCGAGAUGGCGAUUGGAUGCUCGUCGGGGAUGUUCCAUGGGAGAUGUUUAUUGAGUCAUGCAAGAGAGUGAGAAUAAUGAAGAGAUCAGAAUCUAAAGGGUCUGAUUUUUCUUCAAAACAAGUAUGA